UUUUCAUACAAACAAUCCUUGGGAGUGACAUUUAGUUUGUUUAUAUCAUAGUAAUCAUGUCUGCCGAUCGUCUUGAGUCCAUCGCUGCCCGCCUGGAGGCUGCCGUUAGCAGGCUUGAGUCCUGCAAAGGUGGUGCUGCUGGUGGUGCUGCCCCCGCCGAGGGAGAGCCUGCUGCUUUUGUCGAGGCCUUCGAUGAGAUCGUAUCCAACAAGGUUGCCCGCUUCUUGGCCCUCUCCAAGGAGAUCGGCGGUGAUGUCGCCACUCAGGCUGCCAUGGUCGAGGCCGCCUACAAGGCCGUGCGUGCCGUCCUGGUCACCGCAUCCAAGUGCAAGCAGCCCGCCGCCAACGUGAUGCAGGCGCUGCUCAAGCCCAUCUCUGAGCAGAUCGGCGCCGCACAGCAGUUCCGCGAGAAGAGCCGCGGCAGCACCUUCUUCAACCACCUGUCCGCCGUGAGCGAGUCCAUCCCGGCUCUCGGCUGGGUGUCCAUCACCCCCAAGCCAGGCCCGUACGUCAAGGAGAUGUCCGAUGCCGGCCAGUUCUACACCAACCGUGUGCUCAAGGAGUACAAGGAGAAGGACCAGAAGCACGUCGACUGGGUCAAGGCCUACCUCGGUGCCAUGGUCGACCUCGUCGCCUACAUCAAGCAGCACCACACCACGGGUGUGACAUGGAACCGACAGGGUGGUGAGGCCAAGGCUGAUGCUGUAGCCGCUGCCCCUGCCCCCGCAGCUCUACCUCCUGCACCCAAGCUGACAGCAGCUACUACCAGCGAUGGUGGUGAUGAGAAGGCCCGUGCCGGUCUGUUCGCCGCCCUCAACCAGGGUGGUGGAGUCACCUCAGGUCUGAAGAAGGUCAGCAAGGACCAGAUGACCCACAAGAACCCCGAGCUCCGUGGAUCCUCCGUCGUCAAGGCCAAGGAGACCACUGCCUCAUCCACCCCCAAGGCCACCACCGCCGCUGUCAAGAAGCCACCAGUGUUCGCCCUCCAGGGCAACAAGUGGUGUGUGGAGUUCCAGGACAACAACCGUGAGAUCGUCAUUGAGGAGACCAGCCCUCGCCAGGUGAUCUACAUCUACAAGUGCACCAACAGCACCAUCCAGGUCAAGGGCAAGGUCAACAACAUCACUCUUGAUAGUUGCAAGAAGACCGCUGUCGUCUUCGGUGAUGUGAUUGCCGGCCUCGACAUCAUCAACUGCCAGUCUGUCCAGGCUCAGGUUACUGGAUCUUCUCCAUUGGUGAACAUUGACAAGACCGACGGUGCCCACGUCUACCUCAGCAAGGCCAGCAUUGAAUCCGAAAUCGUCACAGCUAAGUGCAGCGAGAUCAACAUCUCUGUGCCCAAGGCAGAGGAGGGCGAAUACACGGAAUGUGCCCUUCCCGAGCAGUUCAAGAACAAGUGGAACGGCAAGUGCUUCGUCACGGAGCCCACCGAGAUUGCUGCAUAGAUGUCCACUAUGCUGCUGCGCAUCCUCUCCCAAUCAUGCUGUUGUACAGAAUUGCGUUGUCGCUGGCCCCGCUGUCUUAUCGCUCAGAGUUCAAUGCUUGUUUAGUAAUAUUCUAGAGAUUUAUUCAUAUCCAUGCGCAUUCGUUUUGCUUCCCCUUGUUGCUAUCUGGCACGUAUUGUCAGCAUGCGUCCUCCUCACUCCCAUUCUGUCGUUCACAGGCUGUGCCCUGAGCGGUAAUUGAGGUGUUUUGCUGUUGUGUCUCUUUGUCUGUCGCAAUAAGUCGUGUUGAGAUAUCUACUUUUUAUCUGUAA